AUGUACUCCAAUGUCACCCAGCUGAGGAGCUUCUUCAUUCUUGGCUUCCCUGGACUGUCACCGCAGUAUUAUGGACUCGUAUCAGCUCUCUUCUUUUUCAUCUAUCUGAUCAUUGCAGCAGGAAAUAUUUUCAUUUUAUCAUUUGUCAUGUACGAGAGGCACCUGCAGAAACCAACAUAUCUGGUGUUUUGUCACCUGGCGUUGAAUGAUUUAAUGUUUGGUACAGUGACUCUCCCAAAGAUCAUCUCUAAGUAUUGGUUCGAUGAUGGCGUGGUUUCCUUUUACGGAUGCUUCACGCAGAUGUUCUUUGUUCACUAUUUGGGAUCGGUGACUUCUUUCAUAUUGCUUGUGAUGGCCCUCGAUCGGUUUGUAGCUAUAUGUGUUCCUCUGCGUUAUCCCGGCCUGAUCACAAACAGCAUCAUCUCAGUGCUCUGCGGGUUUGCUUGGUUCAUCCCUGUGUCUCUGAUGGUGACCAUUGUCUACCAGGCCCUCUCUUUACCCUACUGUAAAUCUAAUAUCAUCGCUCAGUGUUACUGUGAUCAUAUUUCCAUCACCAGUCAGGCGUGUGGAGAGGAUGUGAAAACUGUAGCGGUCACCACUCUCUGUAUGGCCAUGUUUUGUCUUUUACUUCCUCUUACGUUCAUCUUGUUCUCCUACGCCGCUAUAAUCGUGUCGAUUAUAAAAAUGCACAGCGCAACUGGGCGCAGAAAAACCUUAUCAACCUGUAGCCCUCAGCUUUUUAUCACAUGCCUUUUUUACCUUCCAAGAUGUUUCGUGUAUGUGGCCAACACUGUCGGCUUCUCCUUCAGUUUAGAUGUUCGCAUUUUGCUGAUUUUGUUGUACAGUUUGCUUCCUCCUGCUGUUAAUCCGAUUAUUUACUGUUUCAAGACACAGGACAUUAAGCAGACUUUGAUAAGGAGGCUGAAAACAUCUCGGAUUGGGGUACAAAUAAAGGUUUCCCUAUAA